CGCGCCACCACAUGCAGCCAUCACCGCCGCGCCGCGUCGCUGCUCCGCCGCCGUUCACGCUUCUGUCACUGUCAAAACCGCACGCCGCCGUUGGAAGUAUUUUCAUCGUCGCCAUUAAUGGAGCUUGGUGAACAGUGGGAAGACGUGCGAGGAAGGAGAAGCCUUCGCCGUCGCACCUUGUGCUUCCAGUUUCCGUCGUCACCGUGCAGAGUCGCCGCCAUCGUCAUUAUCACGGGUUGCUGCUGCUGCGCAUGUGAUCAUCGCCGCCUCUGGGUCCGUCACCGUCGAGGCUGGUCGCGGGCAGAAGAAGGAGAAGAGACCUCCGUCACCGCCGAGCCAAACGCAGGAGAGAGAAGGAGCCCGCGGGAGAGGAGCUUGUUACCGUCGCUUCUGCCGCCGGAGAAUACCUCUGCUGCCACUGAGAUCUGUCGCCGUCGCCGUUGCCGGAGUUCUGGUCGCCGCUGCCGUUCGAGGUGGCUGCCGGAGCUGCCGCCAAACCGGUCCAGCGACCGCCGCUGUUUCAUUUUCUUAGUUCGGGUCGUGUUUUGAGCGUUGCACGUCGCUUUUAAGUUGCUGUGAGUGCUGCGAAAGUGAUCAGGGGGCUGAGUUUGCGGUUGCUAUCGGUUUCGGGUUAAGAGAAACGGUUUCGUUGACGCGUUUUGAGUUAUGGUUUCGACGAGUCGAGCUUUACCUUUUCAGGAACCGGAUGAAGAAGCAUUAAGAAGAGUUAUACUGCGUUU